GAGCAGGGACUUUUUGAGCAACGCAUGAAAGAAGUUAUACUUGGAGAGGAAAGUGUUAAGGAUAGAUUAGAAGAGCUUGAAUCAAGGGAGAAACAUUUUGAGGAUAGGUGUAAAGAGCUCGGAGAGAAAGAGAAGCAGUUGAAUGCUAUUCCUAAUGCGCACAUAAAGUCAGAGCCUGCGGAAGAAGUAGCACUGGACAGGGUCAAUGCUAUUGUAGGUAAUUCUACUGUUACAAGUUUUGUUGUGAUAAUGGAUGGAAAGAGGUUGCAGAUAUUCUUAAAUGAGCAUGAGAAGGUGCUGGAUUUGAUGUCUGACGAAGUUUUUAAGGCUCUUCAGAUGUCUCCUGACCCUGCACAACUGGUUCUUGAUGCAAUGGAAGGUUUCUAUCCUCCCCAUUUGAGAAAGGGAGAAACAGAGUUUGAGGGCAGUGUUGCCCGACGGAGCUGCAUUCUGCUGUUAGAGCAGUUAAUUAGGGUUUCCCCAGAUAUUCAGGAUUUUGUGAGGGGAGUAGCAAGAAAUAUUGCAAGGGAUUGGAGGGUUAAGAUGAAGGUGACAAAAGGGAACCAACACGAGAUCUUGGGGUUCUUGUAUCUUUUGGCUGUGUACAAUUUGGUUUCUUCCUUUAAGGUAGAUUAUCUUAUGAUCCUGCUGGAGAUUGUUGCUAAGCAUGACAAAUUUGCAGAAUUAUGUGGUUCUCUUGGUAUGAAACAGAACUUACCUGGUUUUGUCCAGAAUCUUCUAACCCAGCGACAACAUCUUGAAGCUAUUAGAUAUGCUUAUGCAUUUGAACUUGUGGACCAGUUCCCACCCACAGCCAUUCUGAAAAAUUACGUGGAAUAUGUUGAACGUAAUUAUAUGAAUGUUUGCCAGAAAGAGACCUGCUCAUUCGAAGAAAAGAUUGAGGCCAUUGAACAACAGGUUGCUUCUAUUAGAGCUGUUAUCAGAUGUAUUCUGAAUUACAAACUUCAGUUUAAAUAUCCGAUAGAACACCUUGAAGAAUGUAUAGAAGUGCUUACAAGGCAGAAGGAAGAUCAAGCUGCAUUAUGUGUCAUUUAUGAGGCUAAAACGCCAGAGCAAGCGAAUGUGAAUCAGAUGGGCUCUACUAAUCCAUCUAUUCCCACAGGCACCAAGGCCCUCAAUUCCGCAUCAUUCUCUGCUAGAACCCCCUCGUGCACUUUAGGUCAUUCCAAUUCCAUGGCCAUUAUCCUUAUGAACAUGAGUGGAGAGGAUUUGCAGAAUUUCUUAAACAAACAUUUGAAGGAGCACAAGUUGUUGCGCAGUGAAGUCUUUAGUGCUCUUCAAAUGUCGCUGGACUCGGGGAUGCUUGUGUUGGAAGCACUGGUAGGGUUUUAUCCUCCAGACUAUCAGAAAGAAGAGAUUGAAUUUAAUCGUAAUAUUAUCAGGCAGAGUUGCAUCCUUUUAUUAGAACAGUUCAUGGAACUUUCGCCGGAGAUUAAACCAGAGGCUAAAUUAGAAGCUAGCAAGCUUGCAUUUGCCUGGAAAGCAAAGAUGAUGGGUGAAAUGGAAAACCAUUUGGCAAUCUUGGGUUUUCUUCUUCUUGUAGGUAGCUACAGAUUGGCUUCUGCCUUCGAUAAAGAUGAACUUGAGAGUUUGUAUCACAAGGUAUCACCGCAUGUGAAUACAUCUGAAAUCUGUCACGCCCUUGGUAUUUCAAAUAAUACUUCAAAAGAAUCGAAGAGACACAAGGCUCAAGGCUAUACAGAUGAAUCUGUUUGCAACAACAUGGAUAUGAAAUGCGAAGGACAUGAUGUAAUCUGCAAUUGUGCCUCAAGUUUACUUCGUACAUCAGAUCCUGCUUUGCUUGUACUGGAUGCUUUCCGGAGUUGUCAUCCCACAAAAUUAGGGAGGUGUGAAAACUUCCCAUCAGUUAUGCGGAGCUUCUCUGAUCUGUUGGACCAGCUGAGAGAAACUUCUCCAGAAAUUAAACCUCAUGUUAAAGCGGGGGCUAUUGCAUUUGCAGUUGAUUGGUAUUCUACAUUGAUCGGGUCCCAGCUAAAUACAUCCGAGUUCUUGGCAUUUGUGCAGCUUUUAGCUAUUUAUAAAAUAAUAGACUCUUUCCAUUCAGAUGCACUUUUUGGUCUUUUGGAGAAAGUUCAACCAACUGAAAGUGUUGUUACUUUGUUCAAAAUCCUUGGGUUGACAGAUAAGAUCCGAUGCUUCGUCCAAAAUCUUAUAAAUAAAAAGCAGUGGAUGGUGGCAUUUACUUAUGUCUAUGAGUUUGAUCUUGUUAACUUGGUUUCACCAGUGAUGCUCCUGAGGGAUUAUGUAAGACACUCAGAAGAGAUUGCCAAGAAAAUACUUCAUGCUGGAAAUAGUUCUCAUCGAGCCCAAAUGAAGGCUAUAAAUUAUGAAAUAAAUGCACUAAGAAAUGCAGUUAGACAUAUUGUGGAUCCUGGUCUUCAGUCGGAAUAUUCACUUUCUCAACUUCAAGAACAGAUCGAAAAACUUCAAUGUCAGAUGUCAAACUCGAGUCAAUCAAGCUCAAAUCGAAACUUUAUUGCUGAGUUCCGACAAGUUAAAACAAAUAAAGGAACUUGCAGAUCUGCUCCAAUUGCUCAAGUGCGAAAAGAGCUCAUGAAGAAACGUUCUGCCCCAGCUGGUGACACUGAUUUUAUCCACAGGGCUCGAGGAAAACAGAACUUUAAGCGCCAUCGUCAUUUAUCCAUGAGGAGAUGAGUUGUAUCAAGUGUUUUAUUGACAAUCCCUCACGGUUAUGUUCUUUACGAGCAUUGUGGGAGUGGGUUGUGGAGGAAUAUUUUGAGGGGGUGAGAAUAGUUUAGUGCUAAUGUGUCUCUUGGGUUUUGGGGGGUGGGGGUUACGUUUUUUGGGGCACUGGCGGUGUGGGGUUAACAUUUUGAGGCUUGCUUUUCUAAACAUUUGCAGAACUUGCCAGCAGGAGGUAACAGUUCAACGAAUCCGGAGGCUAUAGGAUGGAAUUGCAAGAUUGGAAGUUGUCAGAAUUUCAAAGCCGCAUUGAAUUACUUCACAAACAAAGCACAUCACAUGACUGCCACUAUAUUGGAGGUUUGGGAACCUUGGAGGGUUUUCUGUUAACUUAUGUUAUGAGAAUCUUUUGACUAGGAGGAGGUAGCUUCUCCUUACAUCUCAGUACAUCUCAGUUUGGAUCCCUAACAUAUCGAGAAAUGUGUGCCUUUUUAUUACCUGGUUAGCCACAAGAGGGAUGAUUUUGACGGCUGAGAAUUUGAGGAAGAGGGAGAUUACUUAUGUUUGUUAGUGCUAUAUAGGUAAUUAUGGGAUUGUUUGGUAUAUCUCUGGUGAUGCCGGUUACUGUAAGAAAUGUUCAACUGGAAGAUGGAGAUGAAGACGUAAGGCGUGGGAAGUUAGUCCACUAGCACUCAUGUGGGUUGUUGGUGAGAAAUAUGAGACUUGUUGAAGGGGUAGAAAUUGAUUUUGCAUCAUUGAUAGCCUCUUAUCCUUUUUUCUUGGUGCACCCAUGAGGCUCCUCGUUAUGUCGAAGAGUGGGUGUCAUGUGUAAUAAAAAAACAUAUCUUUUUGGUAGGUUUUCCACUUUUUGGUGUA